CGGGAGCGGCGGGACCAUGUCGAAGGUGACCUUCAAGGUGACGCUCACCUCGGACCCGCGGCUGCCCUACAAAGUGCUGAGCGUGCCAGAGAGCACCCCUUUCACAGCGGUUUUGAAGUUCGCCGCGGAAGAAUUCAAAGUUCCCGCAGCAACAAGUGCCAUUAUAACAAAUGAUGGAAUAGGAAUAAACCCUGCACAGACAGCAGGAAAUGUGUUUCUAAAACAUGGUUCAGAUCUGCGGCUUAUUCCCAGAGAUCGAGUGGGGAGUUCCUAACGACUGCUGAAAGCUUUGGAACAAGUGACGUUGCCAUGCAGCCAAGUUGUAUUUAUUUUGGAACUCAGCUAAUGGAUUGGCCAUCUUUAAAGUGAUCAAAAAUAACACCCCAUAAUUUGAUCUUCUUUCUAAGAGAUAAGGUAUCACUCUCAUAUAUAAAAUACAUUAAAUCAAACAUUCAUUCUUCUUUGACAAGAAGAAGAACCGACUUGUUCUGUGUUAUCUUCCUGAAUGAAAGAUGGACCACUCUAAAAGUGUUACUGAAAUCAGAAGGGCAAGCCCACAACUGCAUGAAGAGAUCUAAAAUAAUUUUUAUUUUGAGCCCACUCAGUAGAAAGCAGAGAUUAUUAUGAUUUUGCUAUAAUGAAAUUGUUCUUUACUGAGUGCUAAACAUUUUUUWAUUAAACUAUUAUAUGUACUCCCACAUUCAAAAGAACAUUUUGUCCCAAAUAUUUAGCUCAAAUAGAAGAGAUAUUUCAGGGAUUUAUUGCAGAAUAAAGUAAAUAACUGCCAAAUGUUCUAAAGUAAUUGUAAGAUGAUGACGUUAUUUUAUGGAAGGGAAAAUGCAGAGAUAUCUUUUAAAAUUUCACUUGACAUUCAUUGCAGAUAAGCAUAUUUCAUAGAGUUUGGUACCUGAUCUCUUCAAAUUAAGUGCCAUCAGCUGAAAAGGGUUUUGUCAUAAUUUGGGAAUGUAUAGGUAUUGGUCAAAUACAUCAUUCUUUUUCUCAGUAGCCUAAUUUUGUUUAAUUGUAAACAUCUUGUUUGUUACUGUGUGUUACAAGGGAACCACAUAAAAGUCACUGAAAUGUUUGUGUUCAGGUAAUACACUUGUUUAUGGAAUAGACUAUAAAAUGUAUAUUUAAGAGAAGUAAAUGCUUUUUUUUGUUUUUCUUGAACUGAUACUGUUAUUUUGUAAUUUARUAUAUUACUCUGUUGCAUUUUAUCUGUCUUACUGAGAUUGUACAGGACAGCUCUAUUUGUAACAGUAAUCAUGGUCCGAAAGGAUGUCCAGAUGAUAGUGGUAGAUGUUACAGGAGUAAAAAAUGCCUUCCUGAAUUGGCACAAAGGAACCAUGUAGAGGAAAACUCUUCUGAAGAUGAUAUUUGACAAUAAACAUGUUCCAGCUCUAAAAAUGGUUAUUUGUGCUGGGUUUUCCUUUACUUUAGUAAGCAAUAUGGAUGGAAAGAAGGUCGAAGCUGUUUGUUCCUUUUUUGUUUUCUUAGUUAGAUUUUCACAAUAAAUUAAAAACUCUGUGCUUUAACCUUUUAAUCAACCUGUGAUAGUCAAUGUGAGAUUCAUCUCAAGCCAGAAAAUUCGUAUUAUGCAGGGUUCUACAGAACACUGAUUUUAAGGGCAGAGUUUAACUUUUCUAUUAAUCCAGUGCCACUGUGUAAUUAGAAUGAACAAGAUUAAUUGCUUCCAAUCAUUAUCUGCAAAAUUAUCGGCUGAAUACCUGACAAAAAGCCUAGUAUUGGAAUAUUAUAAAUAGGAAGUUUCCUGUCUAAGCAUGCAAUACAGUUCUAGAAAGGCUAUCAUGGCUAAAUGCAAUUAAGAUAACUUAAUGUUUAUAUGGACGAGAGCUGGAUAAAAUAAUUUCAAAUCAUGACUAAUGUUUAUUACACUUAUUUAGG